ACCCAUUUGCACACCUGGGUGGAGAGAGGCACUGUGAGAGAAUAGUGUCCUUCCCAAGAACGCAACACAAUGUUCUCGGUCAGGGUUUGAAUUCGGACUGCUCGAUCCCGAAUUGAGCGCACUAACCAUGAGGCGACGAAGUACGAAGGUUGGAAGACAAGAGAUAUGGUGGUUGAAACUAAGUUCAUGCGGUGAUUAAGCCAUUUUAUGUGGGAACCCCGGUUCGGCCUAGUCCACGUUGUUUUGCCGUUCUGAUUUAGCUUUCUUUUCAAAUUGCCAAUCGGAUAAUUUACUUUUGAGAUACGCUAAAAUUCCAAAUUGAGACCCUUUUAAUAAGAUCUACAUUCCUAACGGCCUCGGUAGCUCUUUCAUAAUAAUAAACCCUUUGUUUGGCACAUUGAUAGCAAUGUGUGUCGUCACUGAUAUCUUUGCUAUAUUGCCUACGAAAAGUUACUCAAGAUUGUAUGCUUUCAUUUAGAAAUGAAAUCAAUGUCAUUCGUGACAAGAGUACCGUUCUGUCAGGAGUUGCUGGCUUGGAGUACAGUUCAGUACCAAUGGCGACCCUUGUGGCGGUGAUAACUCUAGUAUUGACCGGUCACACCCUCACGCCCGUGAAUGCUUUCAUGCUCCUCUGUUUUAUUAAUAGACUACGACAGUGCAUUUGCUUUUACUUGGCGUACGGUUUUCUAGAAACGUACGAAGCUUAUGCUUCUCUCAGGAGAAUAGAGGAAUUUUUCCUUUCUGAAAAUUUGCGAGGUACGUCAAGUGAUCUCAGAAAAGCCGCAGCUAACGCAAAAAGAAACUCCAGGAAAUUACGGAGUGGUCUUACGAAACAUCCGAAGAAAACGGAAGAAGCUGACGAGACAAAAGCUCGGAAGAAACCGACAGCUCUAGCCGUUUCAGGUUUGACGUACAGAAAAUUCAACCGGGAAGAUGAAUUUUUUCUGGAAAAUAUCGAAUUAACCGCAGCGGCACAGAGUUUAACAGUCAUCACUGGUCCAGUGGGCAGUGGAAAAUCUACUCUUCUCUCGGCGAUCGCUGGCGAGGUCUCAAACACAAGCGGAAAAAUAGCCUUCCAAGGGACACUUGUGUAUGUUCCCCAGACAGCUUGGGUCUUCUCUGGAACCAUAAGAGAAAACGUUUUGUUUGGCCAACCAUACGAUGAACCCAAAUACUCCAGAGUAAUGGAAGCAUGCGCCCUUACGGAAGACAUCCAGCGGUUUCCUGAGUAUGACCAAACAAUUGUCGGAGAACGUGGUGAAGUUCUGAGUGGAGGUCAGCGGGCGAGAGUAGGUUUAGCACGCGCAGUUUACUCCGAUGCGGACCUUUACUUGUUGGACGACCCAUUGAGUGCUGUGGACUACAAAGUUGGCCAGCACAUCUUUGAAAAAUGCAUCAAAGGCUUUUUGAGUGACAAAACAUGCCUGCUGGUCUCUCAUCAAGAACAACAUAUGAAAGAAGCCGAUGAAGUGGUUAUGUUUUACAGAGGCCGAGUGUUGAAAAAGGGAAGUUUUGCUGAGCUACAAGAACAAGGCAUCCUGAACAAGACUGUUGAUCCGCUCUAUAAGAAAGUUCCGGAGGAGGAAAAUAGCAACGAAUUUGUUUGGGAGAAUGAAACGGAAAGCGAUGUUGCAGAUAACUAUGACAGCAUGGCGGCGCUACCCAAUGAGGCCAAGGGUCUGCAAAUAUCAGAAGAAGAUCGCACCAUCGGAGUGGUGUCAUUUAAGCUUUAUUGGAAUUACUUCAGAAGCGGAGCACAAAUAUUGACGAUCUUCGGGAUAAUGUCCUUGUGUGUAAUUACUCAAGCGAUGAUAGUUUCUCCAGACGUGUGGCUCUCUCUUUUGACAAGAAAAUCUCCAGACGAUCAGAGAGACAAGACCAACCUUGCUAUUUAUGGCUGUCUGGUCGGUGCAUCCUUCGUGUUUGCCAUCUUACGAGCGUAUGGAUUCCUUCUCGUUUCUCUGUUAUGUUCUGAGCGUCUUCACGACAAAAUGGUUGUUGCUAUUCUGCAAUCUCCGGUUCUUUUCUUUGAUUCAAACCCCGUGGGAAGAAUCCUUAAUCGAUUUUCUAAAGAUAUAGGUUGUGUAGACGAGUUGCUUCCUAAAACAUUUCUGUUUUCAAUCCAGUUGGUGUUGCUAGUGAUUGCAUCAAUUCUUGUCCCAGUCGUCACAAAUCCUUGGCUUCUACUCGUUGUUGUUCCAACGAUUGUGGCAGUCGUGUACAUCUCCAAGUAUUACUUGAAGACGGCCAGAGAGCUGAAGAGGUUGGAGUCGAUAUGCCGUAGCCCAGUCUUCUCUCACCUUUCUGAGACUCUCAAUGGACUGGACACGAUUCGGACAAGAGGCAGACAAAAGGAUUUCGUGGAUCAGUUUUAUAGAUAUCAAGAUGUUCAUAACCAGUCAAAUAUUAUGGUGAUGGCCAGUGGGAGAUGGCUUGGUGUUCGCUUGGAUCUUCUAGCUUCCCUGUUAAUUGGUUCAGUUGCUUUGGCGGCAGUUUUCAUGUCUCAAGAUGCUGCUUCAGCAGGCCUUGCACUUGUUUACGCCAUUCAGACUGUGUCUCAGACUCAAUACGCUACCAGAAAAGCCUCGGACGUCGAGAACCUAAUGACGUCGGUUGAACGAGUUAUGACGUACACCGAACUUGAAUCUGAGCCAGGAUACAAAGUGAAAAGGCUUCCCCCGGAUCACUGGCCAAGCGAAGGAAAUAUCACAUUCCAAGAUGUAUCUUUGAUUUACUAUCCGGGAGGUCCUCAAGUUCUGAGGAGAAUCAAUCUUAACAUUAAAGCAGGAGCAAAGGUCGGUGUUGCAGGGCGCACUGGGGCCGGGAAGUCAUCUUUUGUGGCAGCUCUUAUGCGCAUGCCAGACGCGGAAGGAGAGAUAAUGGUGGACGGGAUUCGAAUGAAAGAGAUCAAUCUACGAGAGGCGCGACGAUGUAUAUCCGUUCUUGGUCAAAGUCCAGUUCUCUUUAGUGGAUCGUUAAGAAAAAAUCUCGAUCUUGCGGAGCAGUUUCAAGACGUAGAUUUAUGGAGAGCUUUAGAAGAUGUGCAACUGAAAGAACUGGUAGAGAGUUUUGAGGGACAGCUUGAUCACGAGCUGCUGGAACAUGGCGCAAAUGUCAGUGUGGGAGAACGACAGCUGGUUUGCUUGGCGCGCGUGCUUUUGCAACGAAGCAAGAUCAUCGUUUUGGAUGAGCCUACCUCACAUGUUGACCCAGAAACAGAAAAAACAAUCUGGAACGUAGUGCGUGAGAAAUUAAAGGAUUCCACAGUGAUCACUAUAGCUCAUCGUUUGAACACAAUCAAAGACUGUGACAUGAUUUUGGUUUUAAAAAAUGGGGAGGUUGAUGAAUUUGAUAGAUUUGAUUCUCUAAUGAAUAUCGAAGACAGAACAUUAUGAAGUGCCUAUGAUGAAAUUGUUGGGGAGUUUUUAAACACACUUAAUUAGUGGGACGCUAUUGAAACCAGCUCAGAUAUUUGGUCAGAAUAACUUAAAACAUCACAGGUUUCGUAACCACAUUUUUAGGUAAACUACGGGCAAAACCUAAUUAUCAUCGACGGCUAACCGUAAACACGAAAACCUAAGAGUUAUUCAGCUAUAGUAAUCGGAGUGCUCUUCGGGCUGUGCAAGUCUACAGAUCUGUAGUCUGCUUACACUCCUGCUAGCCUGUUUAGGGUUAGUUGCGGUGAUUUCAUUUCAAUUUUAUCGGUUACAGUGUUUCGUUCGUAUCGUCGUGGACGUUUGGUUUCUUUGUUUCGGUGAUAUAUUUCCAUUUCUACGGCAUCAUGAUCCCCCACGAGGGGCCUGACCUUUUAAAAAACAAACUCCUAUUUUUCAAG